AUGUCGAAUACCACAGAGACCGUUAACGGCUUGGAGUUCGAGCUGGGGGAACGCACUCUUGGAGAGACGUUGUCGUUCCUUCUGGUCGCGGCGGUGACAUGCACGGUGCUUGAGCAUCUGAACUCAAAAUUGCCCUCCUGCAUCCGACUUCCCAUCUCCGUCGUCCUCUUCGUGUCGGGACUACUCAUAGGAAUACUGGUGAUGGACUUCUUGGCCGAGAGAGUUAAGGAAUCCUUUGUUACGGAGCUGGUGGACGGAGUCUUGCAGGCCGGUUGGUUUGAGCCCCAUGCGCUCUUUUUCAUCCUGCUGCCUCCGCUCCUCUUCGAGAGCUCCAGCAACAUGUCCUGGCACGUGCUCAAGAAAGUUCUGGUGUCUUCUUACCUCUUGGCCUGGCCUGGUGUCUUAGUGAACACCCUCCUCACCGGCAGCGCUGUGCGAGCGAUUGUGCAAGUGAAUCAUGCGCCGCCCUCCUGGGAGGCGUCCUUCCUGCUAGGUGCCAUCCUCUCAGCUACCGAUCCGGUGGCGGUCGUGGCGGCCCUCAAGACCUUGGGGGCUCCGGCCAAGCUGAGCACCUUGGUGGACGGAGAGAGCUUGGUGAACGACGGCUCAGCAGUGGUGGUGACCUAUGUUUUCAUGGAGUGGGUCAUGGGUUCGCUGGCGCCCGCCUCUGAGAAGUAUUGCCCCACCUCGCCGCCGGCUGUUCCUUGCGUGGUGCAGUACUUUGUCCAAGUGGCUUGUGGUGGCACCCUCAUUGGCAUCGCAGCAGGGUGGAUUCUUUAUGCGUGGCUUCUGUCAGUCCGCUCACAGCACGUCCUCAUGCAGACAACCUCCAUUCUGGUUGUGGUAUACGCCACUUGCUUCAUCGCCGAAGGCUUGGAGACUUCUGGUGUCCUCGCCACCGUUUCCCUCGGCAUCACAUCGACGUUUACAGUCAGCAAGGCAGUCGGCCACGAAGGGCGGCAUGCCCACCACGUGGUCCUGAACCAGGUUGCUUACCUCAGCAACCAGAUCAUCUUCUUCAUCGCAGGCAUCAUCACCGCCCGGUUUAUGUUCAUCCAGAAGGAAACCGGUCACGACUUUCGAUCUGGGAUGGCCUGGGCGGAGCUUGCCAUCAUCUAUGUCGUCAUUCACCUCAGCCGCGCCAUCAUGAUUGCCCUUUUCUCGCCGGCAUUGCGGCGGUUGGGCUAUGGGCUCAGCCUCAAGGAGGGCAUCAUCCUGGUCGUGGGCGGCUUGCGGGGCGCUGUCGCCUUAGUCAUGGGCCUGAUUGUCUUGGACAACAAGUUCAUCGACAUCGAGACGAAGCAGAUGAUCGCCUUCCAUAUCUCUGGUAUCGUUGUGUUGACACUCCUCAUCAACGGAGUGGCCAUUGAGACCAUCUACAACAAACUGCAUGUUUACCCCGCGAAUCCCUACAACACCAUCUACUUGCGGAAGAUGUUUUCCAAGAUUGAGGACCUCUCGCGUCAGACGGGGUCUUACCUCCUGAGCACGCAGCCAUUCUUCGCGGAUGUCAGGUGGCACGGGCUCCUGCGUUGUGUGCCCUGCUUCCAUAGUAUCAAGCUUGACGCCAACGGCAUUCCUUCCUCCUAUGCCAUUGACAAUGUCUCUGCUGUCAUGGGAAUCCUGGCAGUGGAGGCAGAUGUGAGCGGCGUGGUGACAACCAUCGGCUCGAACUUCGAGAAGCGAUGGCUAGAGAAGCGCGGCAGUUGCGCUAAAAUUCUGGCGGACCUUAUGCACAAUACCAGUGGCAAGCUUCAGCGCAACGAUUUCAUGGACCAUGUGGCUUACAGCUCGGAAGGAGUCUUACAGCAGGUGGACAGCAAGCCAGGGACUUUCAUUUCCGCCCAGUCACUGCUCGCGCUUUGUGAGUCGAAGCCAUAUUGCGUCUCGGUGAAGGUCACUUCCAGGUCCCGCUCCCGUAUCUAUGUUGGUCUCGUCACAGAUGCCAAAUGGCCGGAAGAGGAAAUGUCAUCAUCCUGCAGUUUCCUGCCUCAAUGUCACAAUGCCACCUGCCUCGACGUUGCAACAGGGGCUUUGCACAGGGGGUCUGUACAGUUGCAGGAGCGGCUCUCGGCAGCAAUCGGAAAGAUCAAAGCAGAAUUUCUGCAUCGUCCCUACUUCUGCGGCCGCCUUGCCUUCCAGGCGACUGCCGCCCCGCGGUCGGCAGCAGCUCUCGCCGGCAUGGGUCUCGCCGAGCUCGAGGCCUUGAAGAGGGAGGCGGAUGAGGCCCUGCAUUCGCUGAAUGAGGCCAAGGUGGUGGUAGCCAAGCUGCUAGAAGCGCACGACACCUACCGAGGACCCAGCCGGAACCUUCUGCUGCAAGCCCGGGUGGAGCUCACAAAGCUGAAGUCGCGGACGUCGGCCGCGGAGAGGAAUUGCCAGAGCGCCACGGAAGCUUUGCGAGUGGCGCAUGCGCAGGUGGUCAAAACCACGCUCUUCCAGGCCAAGAAUGGCUUGAGGACCGCAUUUCGAAAGCAAGGCACUACGCGCGAUGCCGCCUUUGACAGCGCCCUGAAGGGAGACGCCGAGCAGCUUUCCCUGCCUGAGUUCCAAGCAUAUGUCUCCAGCUUGACAGCUGACCUGACCCAGGAGCAGGUCGCGCUCUUGUAUCGAGAGUUCGGUGGGAACGUGGGCAUGACCCGACCGGCCUUUUUCAAGGCCGUCCAGGAACUUUUCCUGGAGUGGCUGCCGCAGAGUGUCAGACUCCAGAUGGACUAUGCCGACAAGGAUGGAGAUUCACCGGUGCCGGAUCCCCUCAUCUCAGAGGGCUCCACUGCAUCGGAGCACCCUGGCUCUCCGCCCAAAGGCCCACCCCCGCCACGGCCGAUCACGGACUUAAGAGACGUCUCGCUCCACAUCUCUUCGGCAGUCGGUGAGGUGAUUCAGUCCAUGGGCGGCGCCAACCUCCGCGAGGUGCUCACCCACCCAGGCUGGAACUGGAGCGACCAAGAAGGCAUCGUUCUUGAACUACGGCCGAUGCGACCAUCCGACCGAUUCCAUCCCCACCUUCUGUGGGUCGGCGAGGACACCCCACCGAGCGGAGUCUAUAAUCAGCGAGGAGUCAGUCCACCGUCCACACCGGUUGAGCCCUUGGCGGACACUCAUGACGAUGCACCCCGCGCCACGGAGUCUGAGCUGAACGAGGCCAUGGAUGUCCUGGCCGCAGAAGGAUCUCUACGCGACCUCAACCAGAUCGACGAGAUGGCAGAAGCACAUUCCGGCCCCUCGACCACCCCGGCAACCAUGGUACAGAUCGACCAGAUUGCUGACUUUGUGGUCGGUGGCUUACGCAACAUUCAUCACAUCGUCCUUUGCAGCGCGAUCUACCUGGUCCGAGCACUCCAUUUCGGAGCCGUCCGGGACACUCCCAACCAUUUCGUAAACGAGCCUUUCGACGAGCUCUUCACAGAGCCCCACGAAAUUCGACAGCAAGCACUCACAUGCUUCGCUCCGACAAGCCCCGUCUACGCAUCGUAUCCUGGAAUGCAGGAGGAGACAUCAUGGAAAGAGGACCUCGAGUACACGACAUCGUUCGAAGCGGCCGGUCUGAUCUCGGCGGACAAGAUCCGCAAGGCACUUCGCGGACCCAGCAAGACAGAUGCACUUCUGCGCCUUCGCAAACAAUUGUGGGAUAGCCUAGACAAGUGGCUGAGCCCCGCCCACGUGUGGAGCAGGACUCCCCUCGUCUUCGACCGAGCCGACGAGACCCAGCUAGGCACCCAGAUUGACUUCAUCAUAGGCUGGAUCAACACCAAGCUCCACCAUGGCGCCUCUCGUCAAAACCUUGGCUCGGGACAAGCCGAAGACUACGAAGGAGCUCUAUCAAUGGUCCUGUCAUGCGCCACGGCCAUCACAAGUGCUCCGGACCUGGUUCUUAGCAGCCAGAUUGCAAGCACACACGCGUGCCGAGACGUAGACUCCAACUACGCAAACCUGACGGAGGACCUGAACAUCUCCACGGCAGAGAUCUCAGACUCGAUUGCCCCGAUCAAGCUUCAGUUCGACUACUACCUCACCGAGGGCUGCCAGAGAGGCAGCGACUUGGAGAAGGCGUACAACGCCAUGAAACACGUGCUCCGCAGCCUUUCGGCCUACGGCCUCACCGUCAGCACUGACAAGACUGUCAUACUCCUUGAGCUCAAGGGCUCAGCGGCGCCCAAGUCCCUUGCCAGGCACCGUCUGGGAAUCGCCAAAGGGACCUUCACCAGGGCUGUGUAUGGCCAGCACUUCUUCAUGGGCUCGAUGUUACAGGUCUUCCGCAACUUGAACUUCAGUAAAGCCCUGAAUCUCACAGUUCCGACCGAGCUGCAGGCAGCCACACAGGACCUGGACAUGCUGAAGUCCCUACUGCCGACAGCCCUGAACCUCCAGCAGUUUCAGUACCACCAGUCCAUGGAGAUCGAGGAGCAGGAAGCCGACCAGCGACCUCAGAAGUGGCAAAAGCCGGGACCCAAGGGAGCUCCUCAAGGAGGAAAGGGCAGACGCCACAAUCCACAGGGCUCACGCUACAACAACUCCUGGAGAAACAACGAUUGGGGAGGUCACCGACAACAGGAUCAGGAGACGUGGGCACCUCGCUCUUCCCGGGCCACAGCACAGGAUGCGGACCAGCACAAGCAGAUGGCAGAACUAAAAGCCAUAGUCUCCAUGCUCAGCACGCUGGUGCUCAGGCAGGAAGUGCAAAUGAAUGUGAGCCGACAAGACACCGCCUACGUCAUCUUCAUCCAAACCCACAACUCCGACAGUUUGGCGAUGAGCCUCUUCCGCAUCGGAGAACAAUGGCGUCAAACCAAGAUCGAGAAGCCGGAGCAAUUGAAUGCACCGAUGAGGGUUGUUAUGUUCCAACAUUUCAUCUCGACUGUCAGGGACAGGUUUACGCAGAUGACGACCUCACCAUCGGCAAAAUCCAAGGCGCGGGAGUUGGGCUACAUGCUGGAGAAGGACGACAGGAUCCCGGGACUCCGGUGGGACCACACGGAGAAGAAGCACGUACUGGACGACAAGGCGACCACCUUGUCGACGGAGGAAGUGAUGCAGGAUCUCAACCAGCUCCUCGUUCUGAGCUCCAAGACCCUUGUCAUCUCCCGCUUCCACGGCAUGCGCAAGCUCAGCGAGGAGUACACGUCCCCGACACUUGGGAUGUUCCUGGAAAUCGGCAUGAGGACCCAGGAGGCCCAGGAAGCGUGGUCCAUCCUGCAUCGCCUGAGCGGCUCGGCAACAUGGAUGGCUGCCAGUUGCUACCUUCGCCACGAAAGGCUGCAGAUGAGUGCUUUGGCCAAACGAUUGGCAACAGCUUCUGACAGUCUUUCUACGAUUUUCAUGUCGUCAUACUGUGAGUUUGUGAGGGGGCUGAUCAAGAGCCUAGUCAUCAGCAUGACGCUGCUGAGUCUGAUGUUGCUAUUCGAGCCGCGCCCGCAUGCGGAUAGCCAAAGUAUCAACAGCUUCUUCCGGGUGCUUCUUAAUGCCAUUCGUAAGAGCUUCCAGGACAAGUUUGACCACGGCCUCGUCGGGGGCCAGGCCUACAGCUGGCUGAUGUCCGCUGUGGAUGAGGCCAUGGACUGCGCUACGCAGGAGCUGAACUCGCGGCAGGUGGAAGAUUUCAUGGAUGAGGAGAUGAAGGCCGUGCAUUCCAAGGCCAGUCGAGGCCUGCUUAUGGAUAUCCUGCAGCCCGUCCUGAUCGAGUACCUCUGCCUUCAGAAGCUUUGCUCCCUUGGCACCCUGCUGGACCGCGUUGCCGAGACGGUGUCGGCUGCCAAAGCGUUCGCUUACCACACAGCGAAGGCGAAAGUCGAGACUCUGUGGGCGUUCAUCGAGACUCAUGAGGAACUGCUGGGCACUUCGAUGUCCAUUGAACGAUACCCGGCCCUGGUGGAGUGCAUCAACCGCGUGAUUGAGACUGCCCGUGCCGAUCUGGCCAUUCUGGCAGAAACGAUGCCCCUCCGCUACUUCUUCAGCAAGCACGGGAUGGCGCUGCGCAUCAUUUUGCACAACCGCGUCACUCAACUGGCCCGUGCCGCCAGCAAAGGCUGGAUUACAGACCAAGAGGCCGAGGUGCUCAUCGGCGAGCUUCAAGCACGGAUCCGAGAGGCCAACAACUUCUACCCUCGAAGCACCUACAUCCGGCUCGCCUGCUCGCGCAGCUGUGGGCCCAAGUUUGGUGCUCAGCCGCAGAAGAACGCCUGGGACGACUUCGACCUCGCCCUGCAGCCCUCCUUCGGUCAGGGCGUUUACAUCCCCGAGGCAGAGGCAACACCGGUUUUCACAUCGGAAGGUGUGAAGUUUCCACUGUGA